AUGGAGCCCGAGCGCCUCUCGAACCGCGAGGCCCUGCUGGAGCGCAUCAGCUCUGGCUGCCAUGAGCUCGACGGGCCAAAGGCGGUCGGCGUCUCCGCCUCGCUCGCCCAGCUCGACUCGCCCGUGCGCAUCUGCCUAGUUGGCCUCGGCCGCGCCGGCGCCUUCCACAUGCAGUCACUUCGCUUCGUGGGCGCGCGCGUGGCGCAGCUGGUGUGCGUGGUCGACACCAACCUCGAGCUCGCCCGGCGCACCGCCACCGAGUUUGCGGCGAGCGACUGCGUCGCGAGGGCGACCCUCGAGGAGGUGAUGGCUGACGUGGCGCUGGCGGGCCGCGUCGACGCAAUCAUCAUCGCCUCGACGACAGACACGCACUACGGGCUGUGCAAGCUCGCCCUCUCCGCCUCCAAGGCCACCUUCACCGAGAAGCCAAUCUCGCACCACGCCGAAGAGGUCGACGAGGUCAUCUGCCUCGCCAAGGCGGCCAGGGCGCCGCUGCCGGCUGCAGCGGCGAAGCGGAGAGAGGAGGGCCCGGAGGCAACGACACAGGGAGGCUGCGAACAGGUGCCCUUCCUCGUCGGCUACCAGCGGCGCUGCGACCGCAACUUUCGCGCGCCGCGCCACCGUGCCGCUGGCGGCUGCCAGGAGCCGCCCAACAGCCGUCCGGGAUCACUCUCGGUAGGUGCGCUGCGCGAUCUGAUCGCCGAUGGCGCCCUCUCGUCCGAGCCAGGCAUCUUCCACGACAUGCUCUCGCACGACUUCGACAUGAUCCACUUCCUCACCAGCGAGAUCCCCGACGAGGUGUUCACAGUCGGACACUGCUAUGACCCCGCCAUCGCCGCCCUCGACGACGUCGAUACGGUCGUCGUGACGUUGCGGUACGCCUCCGGCUUGCUCGCGACGGUCGACUCGUCCCGCGUGGCCGCCUACGGCUACGACCAGCGCGUCGAGGUGUUUGGGGAGCGGGGCAUGCUUACUGCGCAGAACGAGUCGCGACACACCGUCGAGCUCGCCACAGCCGCAGGGAUGCCUCCGCCCCCCCCCCCCCCCCCAGGAAUGACGGAGGGGGUAGCUGACCCGAUGAGUGAGCACGCGCUGCUCGGCGCCGUCGCGCGCGCAGCGGAGCGGAGCUGGAGGGAGGGGCGCAACGUCAAGCUUGCAGAGGUGGCGUGA